CGAGAUAAAUGAUGACCUUUUUGUCGUUGAAUUUAUGAAUUGUAAAAAAAUAUGUAAUAUGUACUAUCUAAAUACAAUAGAAUAUUUAUAAGCCUAAAAUUUUUAGUGUUUAUCAAACGAAAAUCAUGAAAGUACUGAGUACUUAUUAUGUCAUUAUUACAGUGUCGGCACGUGAUUUCAAUUAAUUUGAUACGGUGUAAUUAAUACAUCUUCUUAAAAUGCAAUUUUUUGACAAUUUUUUUAUUUUAACAUUAUUAAAAAUAAUAAUCUUGUGACAAAAAUCUGCUACGUGUGCUUCAAAUAAAAAUCUAGUGACUACCUGUCUCCAAGCUAGACAGCCAGUAAAACUCGUAAAAUUUUCAAACUCUUGAAAAUUCUCUCUCAUCUGAAGGUUGAAAAUAGCGUCGCGGCGUCAGGGUCAGAUUUUGAAGCGUCGGGCCCAGCGAGCUAUAACCUAGUCCGAACCUGGCAAUCAGCCAUUGUUUUGUAGUGAAAGUGUCUAGAAAUCAAUAGCCUCAGUAUGGAUCCGGAGGCAUUCCUCGAUAUCGCCAACCAGGUGGUCAAACUCAAGAUGUUUCCCUAUUUCGACAUUGCGCACUGCACCUUGUGCGCCCUGUCCGUACGGGAAGACCUGGGAAGCGGCGCUCAAGCAUUUUCUCGCAAACAUCCCCUAGCAUGCUGGUUAUCCUACAUGUUGGUGGUGUUUGCUGGCGGAAUGGUAGCAAAUGGACUCCUGGCAGAACCAAUCCUUGCACCUCUUAAAAAUACGCCACAACUAAUUGUUGCAACAUUAGUUUGGUAUGUGAUUUUUUAUACUCCUAUUGACUUGGGGUAUAAGCUUGCAAAAUUUCUUCCAAUUAAAGUUGUCUUCUCGGCCAUGAAAGAGAUUUACAGAUGCAAAAAAGUAUACGAUGGAGUGACUCACGCCGCUAAAUUGUACCCCAACGGCUAUCUCAUUAUGGUCAUUAUUGGGACCUUAAAAGGAAACGGUGCCGGAUUUACAAGGCUACUGGAACGUCUUAUGAGAGGUGUAUGGACUCCAACGGCUAUGGAAUUUAUGCAACCCAGUUUCUACACGAAAGCUUCCCUUGUCGCUUCCAUCAUAUUUAUCCUUGAUAAAAAGACGGAAUUGAUUUCGGCACCACAUGCUUUAGUUUAUUUCGGAAUUGUCAUCUUCUUUGUUUACUUCAAAUUGUCUUCCAUUCUGCUGGGAAUUCACGAUCCCUUUGUUCCAUUUGAAAACUUAUUAUGUGCGUUGUUCUUCGGCGGAAUUUGGGAUAGUUUGGCCAAAAUUUUGGGCAGGGGCCAGUUGAAAGAAGGUGAAUCCAAAGAUGCGAAAAAAACCAACUAAAUUGACUCAAGUCACGAAAAAACUAAAUUUGAUAAAGUGCGGAAUAUCAAAUUUAUUUUUCUCGACUUUCGAUUAAAUCAAGACUUGAACAAAUAAAAUCCUUCUUCUAUCUUAGAUGAAGGAUUCUAUUUGGUUCUUGCAACACUUAAGCCAAAUUGUACCAAAAUAAUUGUAUUUAUACUCAAUAAAUGAUUUUCUCUCA